AUAAAGAAACCACAAAUGAGCGGACAAUAAAGUCCUUAAUACAUCGGUGGUCGGUUAUUCAAAAGGCCACGAAUAAAUUUUGUGCGAAACUAGCUCAAGUUGAAGGGUUAAAUCAAAGUGGCAUGACUGAGCAAGAUAAGUUUGAGAAGGCGAAGAUUAUGUACCAAUCACUAGAGAAAUGCAGUUUCCAGUUUGAGCAUUGUUGGCACCUAUUGAAGGACCAACCUAAGUGGAUUUGGCGCGCCACAAAGGAUGUGACGCCGCGAAGGAAGACGAUGUCCCCGUCCCUGACCCCGACCUCAACUCCAUGUUCCGCCGCUACGGAGGAUUCGGUUUUUGAUCUCGAGACGGAGAAUGUGAUAGAAAAUGAAGUUGCUGAAUUGGACCGACCAAUGGGCAGGAAAGCUGAAAAAGGGAAACGAAAGGCCCAAGGCAAGCACGCAGAGGAAAAUUUCCAACUUAGAAAGAUGAAGUAUACUCUUUUAGAGGAGUCACGUGCUCAGGAGAAAGAGUUUUAUCGCCUUAAGGCCGAAAAGAUGGAGUAUGACAAGGAGAAGGAGGAAAAAAAAUUACGUCAAGAGGACGAAAGACUGAGGUUGGAGGCUGAGAAAGUGGAGCUUGCGAAGAAGGAAUCAGAUCAGCGCAUUAUGAUGAUGGAUGUGAGUGUCAUGCCAGAAAUGCAACGGCUAUAUUUCCAGCAACUCCAGAGGGAAAUCAUGAUGAGACGCAGUAAUGCCCGAGAUUUGGAUUGAUUGUAAUGUAAUUUUUUUAUUGUAUUUUUGAUGAUAG